AUGGCUAACAAUUUCAAAACGAAACGAUUGCAUCAGAGUUUAGAAAAUAUUUUAAUCGAUAACCAGAGCCAUAAGAAAAAGAUUGAUCUUUUUUUACGUAUUAUCCAAGAAAAUCUGACUCAAUUAGAUGAUAUUAUCCGCUACUUUAUAUCUCGAGUUCAUGGAUCCAAUUUUAAACCUUACCUUACAAUUUUAAUUAUUGCUCUAUGCCGCAUUUACAUCUAUCACCAUCGGAAGAUGAAAUCGACCACAAGAACUCAAGUUUAUUCAUUACUUUAUUUUAUCGUAGAUACAUCAUUUUUUCAAGCAUCGCCUUGUAUGCUACACAAUCAUGUUGUUGAUAUCCUAGGUCGCGAUCAAACUCUUUUAAAUCGACUUACUAAGCAACAUAGCCUUACAGCCAGCAAAUUAGUUCCUUAUAUCGACAAUAAUCAUAGCCAAUUUUUUAUCUUGUAUCAAAAUUUAAUAUUAUCCAGAGAAAGUAUCCGGUAUAUAUCCAUAGGCUUAUGUGGCAUUAAUAAAAUCAUUCAUCUUCAUUCUCCAUCCUACCCAUGGCAAGAAUUAGCAAUAGAAUUGUUAAAGAUGAAAGACUCUCCGCUAAUAGGCCCAAUAACCAAUUUAUCAUCUAAUCAGCAAGUUAGUAUCUUAUGUCAAAGUAUUCAGUUGGCUGUUAAAAUACUACAAAAUGAUUCUUCGUUUCGUUUAAUGAACGAUAUGAUUAACAUCAUAUUGCCGACAAAUUUAAUAAUAGAUAAGCUAUACUCCAAUUUAAUCAAUGUCACUUAUUCUUGUAGCAUCUUACAAAUCUUGACCAUUGCUAAAUCUAAUUUAGUUCAUAUUUUAAAUAAUUAUGAUAUAAUUGGUUGCCAAAUAUGUCAGUGGUUAAUUGAACAAUAUAAUUCAUCAGCGAAUCAUCAACAAGAAAUUAUCAUUCAUAGCCUCACAGAAUUUAUCAUCGAAUGUCCAAAUGAAUUUGAAUUAUAUUCAAAAGUGAUACACCAGGUUGCUGUAUCUUUUUCCAAUUUAUUUGGCCAUGCUUCAAAUCCAUAUAUCCGUCGAUUAUUACUUAAAUCAUUAGAUCAAAUAUUUAAAACAUAUCGCCUCGAAAUACAUGCUAAUCAAGCGGUUAAUGAAAUUUUUAAGCAACUUCUAGAGGAUAGAGGCAUUGAUCCAGUACAGCAAUGUUACUUAAUUGAUAUUCUUGCUAAUUUUGCUAAUUAUUACAGCAAUGUUCUAGGGGAUAAAAUUCGGGCUAAGUUAUGGCUUUGUCUUAAAGAGGAUAAUAUCCAUUUUGAUUCAACUGUGCGGUUAGCUAUUGAAAAAGUAUUAAUUUGUAAAUAUAAUGCUUGCCAGGUAGAAAUAGUUCAAAGCAUUCUUCUUUCUUCUCAACAUGAAAGUAAUAAGAUCAAAGCAAUCAAUAUUUUACAAGAAUACAGUGAAUUAAGUGAUUCUUAUUUUGAAGCUAAUUUAUCAACAUUGGUAUCAGUCUUGAAAGAUGAUACUUAUGUAGAGACUAGAGUAAAAAUUAUCCGUAUUUUUAUUCUUUGGAUACAGCAAGAUUAUCAUUCCUCAACAAUUCUUCAGUAUCUAUGGUUAGUUAUUAUAGAUUCUACAUGUACAUCAUCCAGUAAUGAAUUAGUUAGAAAUCAAAUUGUUGAACAAUUAUUGGUCUUGCAGAAACUUAACCGAGAGCAAGUUCAAUAUUUAGCAACGAAAUAUAGCGUAACAGCAAUUCGAAAAAAAGCUUUACAACAUUUAACAAGCGAUGCUAUGACUAUCGAGAAAAAAACUCUAAUAACCUUUCUAAUAUCACAUUUACAAUUUGAGAGCAAUACAGAAUUAUUUAAAGAUAUUCUUAAUGCCGUUUUAAUUAUCUUAAAAUCUACAGGCUUAGAAAAUGAGUAUCAACAUCAUUUCCUGGCUCUUAUUAAGAAUCCAAGCAUACCUAAAAGUAAUAGAGUAAUGUUAGUUCAAUGUAAUUACUGGCAGGAAGUGGAAAAAUGGAAAAAUACUAUCCUAUACGCGUUCGAAGACGCUUUACAAAUAGAUGCUAUCGAUCAUUUAUUUCGUCACUACUUUGAAUUAAAUCAAGAAGAAGAAAGAAAAGCAAUAGAGUUAUUAUUCCUAGAGAAAUUGACUUGUAUUAACAUCAGCCCGUACGUUAGGAUUUGUCUAAAAAAUACUGUGACAUUAAUCGACAAAAUAAAAUCCGAUUUUCGACACGUACUGACAUCAAAUGGCAGUCUUGCUCAGCAACUUCAUGGAACACUACAUACGCCAACUGAUACUUUUACCUGCAUCAAUAAUAAUGAAGCUUAUUUGAAUAUAGCAAAAUGGCAAGACUUGGUGUCAAGGAAUUUCAACGCUACGAGAAAUAUCACUGAAAAUAGUGGAUUAAAAGCCGCCAUCACUACCUUACCUAAUGAUACUAUCGUAAGUAAUGGAGGUAAAGCCCAAACGAAGAGCGAGCAUAGUCAGUACACAAGCAGAAAUGUCGACUCACAAUAUAUAAAUAGAAGGAAUUAUAUACAUUUUCUAUUCCAACUAACCCUAAUUAUUGCUCUCUAUAUCUUUACCAUCUAUCAAGUCAACUGA